GCGAGCAGCUGGCGACCGCGUCCGUGUGCACCGCUGUCCGGGCAGUGCGCGCUGCGCGGCGUCUGACCUGAGCAGCAGCGCGCUUCCGUGCCACGGUGGGCCCACCAAUGGCGCCGCGUGCCGACGCGCCGCUCGCCCUGUGCGUCCUGCUGCUGGCCCAACGGACGCUGGCUGCUCGCCAUGACGAAGUGCACCGUGCACAGCCAGUCGUCUCAGACCCCCAGCAGGAUGCGAAUAGUCAAUUCCACAGCCCUGUUGCAUCGGACGAUGCCCUGCAAGGAGGCAGGCAUACGCGACAAGCGGCGACCGGUCGUGACGAAUUCGUCUGCCCGGAUCCAAGCGUUUCGGACCAGUCGUGCUCUGGUGGCUCCGUGUUCGACUGUCGGAAGAAGCAAGCCGUCUGCGAGCUUUACAGAUUGGCGUUCACCCCUGUGCCCAACACGCGCUCUUCGGGCCAAGUGACCUGGUCCGGGGUUAGCCUGGACACCUGCGCCACUCGCUGCGCGCGCGCCGCCCCCGCCUGCCGCCACUUCAGCUUCCGCGACCGCCAGUGCAUUUUGGGAUGUCGUGGUGGAAGCUCCGGGUGCGUCAAGAGUGGAGAGCUGAUCAAGGAUUUCUCGUGGACGUACUACUUUCUCGACGCGAGGAAGCUGGCGACCAUAACGCGAAGAGUCCUUUUAAAACUGAAGGACGAGGCCGCCAGCAAUAAAAUUAAUGACAUCAUAGGACGUCUCGGACCAUCGCCAGAGGACUCGGUCAGCCGCGCCGCGGGCGAGUCCGUCCAGAGGCUGUUCACGUCCGAGCUCGGUUCCACUGCGCUGAUCGCCAACGGCCAGGUGGACUCGCUGCCGGUGGACUGUGGCCGCCGACCUCUGGCCGGCAUACCCGGCCUGGUGCCGUUCGUCACCGGCGGCGAGCCGGCCACCCCCGGCCAGUAUCCCUGGCAGGCUCGCAUCCUGGUCUUCGAGGGCGGCAGUGCCAAGCACCAGUGCGGCGGAGUCGUCAUCACCAGCCGGCACGUGCUAACUGCGGCUCACUGCCUAAGAGCUGUGGGGAUUGCAGAAACAACGGUCACAGUUGGAGAGAAUAAUUUGGACGUAAGGGGCUCAUCAAAACAAGAAUUCAUUGCAGAGAACUUCCAAUUUCAUCAGUUCUACGGCAAAGGCCCUGGACCCCUGGGCAAAACCCAGUACUGGAACGAUCUGAUGCUGGUGAAGCUCAGCAAGGCCAUCGAGUUCAACAACGUCGUGCAGCCGGCCUGUCUGCCGCUGCCCGGCCUGUUCGAGAGUGACCUGUACGCCCGCUGCAACGUCUCCGGCUGGGGCAAGACCGAGGAAAGGGAGACAGUCUCCUCAGUGUUGCUGCGUGGAGUAAGUACACCGCUCGUCAGCAACGAGUACUGUCUGGCACCAGAGGUGUACGGCGCAAGCUUCAACCCAGACAUCAUGUUCUGCGCCGGAAACCUCGACCCCUCCAUGCCGGCCGACGCUUGCCAGGGCGACUCCGGCGGCCCGCUCACCUGCGAGCUACCCAUCUCCGAGCAGGACUUCACCGAACGCUUCGCCGUGUACGGCGUCGUUUCCCACGGCCAUCUUAAGGGCUGCGGGGAGGAGCCGGGCGUCUACACCAAGGUGGAAUACUUCACCAACUGGAUACUGGACACCAUCAGGAAGCUGAAUUGAGAUGCCAAGUCUUUCUGUGGGCUUGUUUUGUCCCCGGUCUUCUUGCGUGCUUUAAUUACGAUUCGCAUUGCUAAACCGCGCAGUCGUGACCUGUGAAGAAUAGUGAAGCUUUAAACACCGGUCAUAAAAUUUAAUUGGGCAUCCAAAGUGCGUUUCUGGACGAUCUGUGAACCACGCACCGUGAGCCAAACGAGACCUUGUGUCUUGAGGAUGAGAACAAGUCGAAAUAUUGAG